AUGAGCAUCAAGCCCGAACACAUGAGCAACAUCGCCUCUGGUGCAAAGAACCAUGAAUAUCGCAGUUACCCCCUGCCAUCAGACGUGAGCCGAAUCUGGUUUUACACUACAACACCUAUCAAACAAAUUGAGCAUGUCGCCUAUAUAUCCCGGGCUAAAGUGCCCGGGCAAGUCGCAGAGGACGGCGGUAUCGGAAAUGCGGAUUUCAACGCGGGCAUGAAGAAAUCCAACUACGGAUAUGAAAUUCUCAAGUUAUGGAAGUUGAAGCAGCCCGUAAGCUUGGAACAGGCUAUUAUGUUUGGAUUCUUCAAGGGUGCACCACAAAAGUAUUCCUGGGUGCCAAUAAGUGUCUUGUUGAGUUAUCCGUUGGAUCAGCAGCCUGUACUCUUUGACAAGCCAAAAGAGAGGGAAUGA